AUGCCGAACAUAAUAAAUGACAUAAAGCUAGACUUUAAGGACGUGCUGCUACGCCCGAAACGCAGCACGCUAAAGAGCAGAUCCGACGUAGAUCUUUUUAGAGAAAUCACAUUUCGUAAUUCCAAACAAACAUACAAAGGAAUUCCUGUAAUGGCCUCUAAUAUGGAUACAGUGGGAACAUUUGAAAUGGCAAAAGCAUUGUCAAAGCAUGGCCUUUUUACUACGAUUCAUAAAUAUUACACUGUAGAUGAAUGGAAAAAUUUCGCUACACUCAAUCCCGACUGUGUAAAAAAUAUAGCAGCCAGCUCGGGAACAGGAAAUGAAGAUUACGAACGUCUUUCGAGCAUUUUGGACGUUGUGCCAGAACUGUCAUUCAUAUGUUUAGACGUUGCGAACGGCUAUUCCCAACAUUUUGUCGAGCACGUGAGAAAAGUAAGAGCGCGAUAUCCGAACCACACUAUAAUUGCAGGAAAUGUUGUGACAGGAGAAAUGGUGGAGGAACUAAUACUCUCCGGGGCAGAUAUAAUUAAAGUAGGAAUCGGACCUGGUUCUGUCUGUACGACACGAAUGAAAACCGGUGUGGGCUAUCCCCAAUUGAGCGCCGUAAUCGAAUGCGCGGAUGCGGCACACGGCUUAAAAGGACACAUUAUUGCUGAUGGUGGUUGCACUUGUCCAGGCGAUUUGGCGAAAGCGUUUGGUGCCGGCGCGGAUUUUGUCAUGGCAGGAGGUAUGUUUGCAGGCCAUGAAGAAUGUGGAGGCGAGGUUAUAGAAAAAAAUGGAAAAAAAUUCAAGCUUUUUUAUGGAAUGGCUUCCAGCACGGCCAUGAAGAAACAUGCUGGCGGAGUUGCGGACUACAGAUCCUCAGAGGGAAAGACUGUUGAAGUGCCUUAUAGAGGUUUGGUCGAAAAUACUGUGCUGGAUAUAUUAGGCGGCUUGAGGUCGGCUUGCACUUACACGGGAGCCGAACGUUUGCGCGAAUUGCCGCGACGAGCGACGUUUAUACGCUGCACGCAACAAUUAAAUCCUAUGUACGGUCCACCGCCAGAAAUAUGAAGCGUUUACAUAAGUGUUAAAUUAUAUUCUUUAGUAAAGGCUUAGGAAAGAAAUGUUUAACAGCAAUACUUGUUGACUGCGUAUUAUUUGCUGGCGAAUAAUAUUUAUAUAUGGGUGAAAAUAUGUGUAUAUAUAUAUGUAUAUACAGAAUGUUCAGCGUAACGGUCCGUACGAUUUUUUAGAUACUUCCGACAGUUUAAGAAAAAGAUUGCAAGGUGAAACUGUUUCGUGCAGGCUACAAAAAACUUGCAAUGGAGAUAUCUACAAGCUCUUGUGUACCAAACACUAAUUAAAUGUUCAAAAUUUUCGAGAAAAUAUAAUUAUAGCUUGUGUAAAUUUAGAUUCAAACAGCAUAUAGCUGUUAUACGCAUUAAUUUAUUAAUAAGAACAGAAUUUGUGUUGCAGAAGAAGGCAAGCAAUUUGAAUACUUGCUUCCAUAAGUUGAAGUUUUUCUAUUGUUUUACUAUUGUUGUUAAUAAAAGUAACAUUUGUGAUAAUACGUUGAAUUUAGCUUAAAGUUCUCUACAAUAUUAUGUAAAAAAGAAAGUGUAUGGUGCUAUUUAAAAAAUUCAAGACUUUGAUUUCUCUCUUUAUGAAAAAAAAAUAUUUUUUUAUUUUUUGUUAUUACAAGUAGCUUGAACGAUCAGUUGCAAAUUCACCUUGCAAUCUUUUUCUUAAACCAUCGAAGAUGUCUAAAAAAUCAUGCGGACCGUUACGCUGAACACCAUAUAUACACGCGAUCUUGCUAAAAUGUUUACCAUUUAUGUGAUAACAUUCAAGUAUUACGAAUUAUUGCUGAAUACGCUCAAAUGAAAGAAUGUUACACAUUAAUUAUCUAUAUGCACAAAUAAAAAAUUUCGUUAUAUUAAA